GUAAAUUCGGCUGUCUAGUCAAAUGCCUGAGAAUGCUGAACAUAGUUAUCACAUUGUAUUUGCACAAACUCCUCUUGCUAAUUCUGCAAUUAUGCAACAGACAUCGCCUUGUUCCCUUGUUGUCAUUAUUGUCAAUAAGAUGGUCCAAUAACCCCACAGCGACAGAAUGCUUAGAAGAACGGCGGUACCUCUAUUUACAAUGUGUCUACUGCCCCGAUCAGUCAUCGGCGACAUAUCCAACAUUAUUUGCUAUGACAAAACAUAUGCUUUUCUCCUUUUUCGGCAGAGAACCCUUCUAUGGUAUUCUUUUAUCUCAGGCAACCGCGGGGAAUACAGUAGAAUGCGAUUACUGAGGUGAGAAUCUCGCAACCCCAGAGUUUUAGAACCCUAGGCAAUUUCACUCUAGUUCUCUGGCGUCAAUCCCAGAACAGUUAAUAGAAUCAGAUGCCAAUGUUGAACCCGUUGAGUUUAAGCCACAUCCACCUGGCUGCCCACCCAUUCCAUGAAGUCCACACCAGCAUCUUAUUUAUCGUUUGGUGCUGUUAACCGAACGUUUGUGGUAAGGACGUCGGCA